UGGUCUGAACUCAGCGGUUCGCGGCAAGGGGAAAAAAACCCUACUUUAAACCCUGUCGAGCGACAGAGGCUUGGUUCAGGCUUGGGAUCCGUGGAUGUCGUUACUAUCAGCAUCGACGUCGUCAUCAUCUCCAAGUGUUAUUGUCGAGUGAGUCGCUCGACGAUGGAGGGUCCGAUUCCGAGAGCGGUUUUCAUCGACACCAGCCUUGGUACUCACCUGGCGAUGCUCAUCUCCGACACCGACACUGUUUCCGACCUCAAAAGGAAAAUAAAGGUUGAACACAAAGCAUGCUUCCCAACCUUGGGGGAGAUACAUGUUAACGCUGUAAAGGUUAAGCGCAAAGGAGACUUUUAUCAUCUAGCCGAUUCCAUGCAUGUGAGAAGUGCAUUCAAUGGGGUUAAAAAGAAUUGGUUUGUUUCAGUUGAUGCUUCCAUUUUGAGUGUCUAUUCUGAUGGACGAAACAGGCUCAAUCCUAGCUCCAGCGACCAACCUGUUCUCCUUGCAAUCACUAGUAAACCUUCCAGUGAUCAACUUGAUACUACACCUGAUGACCAGCCUGAAACUGUGCCCAAAAGGCUGUCCAGGUUUGAGGUUUCAGCAACACCAAAGGCUGGUAGCUACCAAAAUGUUGACAAGGUUGUUCCUGUCAUCGCUUCAGAAAAUUUGGUGGUUGAACAAAAUGACGUUAUUGAUUGUUCGAACGUAAAUAGAAUGACCCCUCUGCCCUCUCUAUGGAUGAAGCAGAACACUGAAAUUUCUACAUCUAUUCCAUUAUCUACCGAACCUUUGGACGUUUGUGACUCAUUCACAACUGGUUCAAGAAAUAAGAAGAGGGAAAAAAACGAGAAAAAGUCAAAGGCGUGCAAUCUAGAAGAUUUGAGUCACCCUUCUUCUAGGAAAGCCAUCAGGAAUGAGAUGGAAGUGCAGAAGGAAAGUUUGGUCUUUGAUCGCAAUGAUCUCAUUGGAGAACCUGAAAAUAUCAUGGCUCCCAAUCAAAGCAUUCAAAGCCCGAAAACUUCUGAACCUCAACAGGCCUCUUUUAAAGAAAAGCCUUUAGAACUUGUUCAAGAAAAGGGUAAGAAUAUUGAGAUGCAUGAUGUCAAUUCCCAUAAACAGUAUAGUGGAGAUGGUGCAGGAGAUGGUGUCCACAGUUGUUCACUUGUAGUCAGAGAGCCGGACCACUCGAAAAAAGAAUUUGGCCAGAAUAAAGUCACUGGGGGCAUUGAGAAGGCUAUUCUCACUGGUGAAUCAGUAGCUGCUUCUAAAAUUGAGGAACUCAAAGCAUUGCCGAAGAAAAGAAAGAAGUCUAAAAGAUUAAAGGAGUCGGAUGGGGGAAAGAGCAUCAAUUCUUUUACCGAGCACAUUGAAAGCUCUUUAAUUGGAAGAUCUUUAGCUGACCUUCAAAAAGUUUCUGAAGGUGAUGAAUCCCGAAAUAAACUUGAGAACCAAGAAAACUUCUUGUCUCAAGCGAGGGGAGAAGAAACAAUGGUGAUGGCUGCUGCAGAGCCUCUUGAUAUGCAUGGGACUAAGGUGGAAUCUUCUCAACAAGUUAUUGAGAAGAAUAUGGAUAUUGAGAGCAUUGAAGAGAAGACAAAGAAGAAAAGCAAGAAAUCACGAAGAUCAACUGUGGAGAAUCUACCCGGUGUGGAGAUGAAAGAUCCAAACUUGGAUGUUAAUGAUCCAAUAUUGACGAGUGCAACUGGGAAUGAGACUACUACCAGUCACAGGAGGCCUGUGAAAGCUUCAUCACAUGCAUCUGAAGGAAAUAGCGGAGGCGACCCUCCUCAAUCGACUAAGAAUGUGGAUCUCCCUAGUAAUGACCAUCUAGAUAAAGGAGAAAACUUGUCUGAAGCUAGGGGAGGAGAAACAAUAGUGAAGCUUGCUGCUCCAGGGCAUCUUGAUGUGCAUAGGAGUAAGGCGGAAUCCUCACAACAAAUCAUCGAGAAAGAAGCGAAAACUGAUAGCAUUGGAGAGAAGACAAAGAAGAAAAGAAAGAAAUCACGAAGAUCAACUGGGGAGAAUCUACCCCUUGUGGAAAUGAAAGAUCCAAACUCUGAUGCUUUUGAACUAACACCGAUGAGUACCACUUUGAAUGACACUACUAGUGAGCAUGCCAGUUAUAAGAAGUCCAUGAAAGCUCCAUUACAUACAUCUGAAGGAAAUAAAAAGGGUGGCCCUCCUCAAUCAAUCAGUAAUGUGGAUCCCCUGAGUGGUGACCGUCUAGAUAAAGGAGAAACCAACUUGUCUCAAGCAAGGGGAGCAGAAACGAUAGUGAGGGCUGUAGAGCCUCUUGAUGUGGAUGGCACAAAGGUGGAAUCCUCACAACAAAUUAUCGAGAAAGAAUUGAACUUUGAUUGCACUGAAGAGAAGACAAAGAAGAAAAAAAGGAAAUCACGAAGAUCAACUAGGGAGAAUCUACCCCGUAUGGAGAUGAAAGAUCCAUACUCUGAUGCUUUUGAACCAACAACAAUGACUACUACUCUAAAUGACGCAAGUUAUGAGCAUACCAGGUACAUGAAGCCCAUGAAAGCUCCAUCACAUACAUCUGAAGGCAACAAGGAGGGUGGCCCUCCUCAAUCAAUCACUGAGGUGGAUCUCCCAAGUGGUGACCAUCUAGAUAAAGGAGAAAACAACUUGUCUCAAGCCAGGGGAGGAGAAAUGAUAGUGAGGGCUACUACUGUAGAGCCUCUUGAUGUGCACGGAACUAAGGCGGAAUCCUCACAAAAAAUCAUUGAGAAGGUAAAUUUUGAAAAUGCUGAAGAGAAAAAGACAAAGAAGAAAAGAAAGAAAUCAGGAAGAUCAACUGUGGAGAAUCUACCCAGUGUAGAAAUGGAAGAUCCAAAGUCCAGCACUAUUGAUCCACUGCCCAUUAGUGCGACCGUGGAUAAGACUGCUAAUGGGCAUACCAGUUACCUGAAGCCCAUGGAAGCUCCAUCACAUACAUUUGAAGGUAAUAACGAGGGUGACCCCGCUCAAUUGAUUGUGAAUGUGGAUCUCCCUAGUGGUGAUCAUCUAGCUAAAGGAGAAAACAACUUGUCUCAAACAAGGGGAGGAGAAACAAUGGUGAGGGAUGCUGCUGCAGAGCCUCUUGAUGUGUAUGGGUCUAAGGCAGAAUCCUUAGAAGAAAUCAUUGACAAAGAAAUGAACAUUGAAACUUUUGAAGAGAAUACACAUAAGAAAAGAAAAAAAUCGCGAAGAUCAACUGUGGAGAAUCUACCCAGUGUAGAUAUGGAAGAUCCACACUCUGAUGCUAAUGAUCCACUUCCCAUUAGUGCGACUGUGAAUGAGACUGAUAAUGGGCAUUCCAAUCACAUGAAGGCUAUGAACGCUCCAUCACAUACAAUUGAAGGAAAUAGUGAGGACGACCCUCCUCAAUCGAUUAGGGAUGUGGAUCUACUCCCUAGUGGUGACCAUCUAGGCGGAGUGAACAAUCAUUCGAAGGCGGUCAAUGAAAGGGACACGAUCAAUUUCGGUGAUUAUUUUGUACCAAGGCAACUCCAGCAAGAAGCCCUGGCUCCUAACAAUUCUGUUGUUCAUGGAGGGACAAAAGAAAAUGGAGUAACUAAAAAGGUUAAAGGCAAAAGAACAAAGAAAGCUGACACAACUGUUGAUGGCAGCUCCUCUUGGUUGCAGAGUUCAGUUAUGUCAAAUGGACCACAAGAUGGACAAAAAUCUCCUACCGGUAACUCCUACUCCAUCCAACUUCAAGAAUCACUAGCUAAUGACAAGAAUGGGAAGGAGCCUCCUGUAGGUCCUGGAAGUACAGACCUCACUUUGUUGUCUUCGAAAUCGGAUAAGUUUAAGAUUAUAGCUGAAGAAGCUCCCGGGGCCAAAGUCAUUGUUGCUACUCCUAAUCUAGAGAAAGACAGUGAAGCAUCAGCUGCAUCAGGCUCUGACAUGAAAAGAACCAAGAAUGUUAAAGCAGGCAACAAUAGGCGCUCAGAAGUAGACCGCUAUCGUCUGGCUGUUAGGAAAUCUUCUCACCAGCAUACUGGGGAAGUUGUUGGUACCUCUGAAAGGAAGAAAAGCUUGCUCGCAACAUCAGUCGCGAUUUUCAAGGAUGAAAGCAGUGGGAGUUCUGCAGAAGCUGAGGGAAUUGAGGGUUCUUAUUCUAGCACCAGGACACCAUCAGAUACAUUGUUGUCUGGCUACUCGGAUGGCGACAGUAAUGCAAAUCUGAACUCACCUAGGGAUGGGAACCUUUCAAGAAAAUAUGAUGGUGGGAGUAGCAUGAAGAAAUCACAGUCCUCAGACAGAAAGGAUCUAACCCUCGACAGGAUCCUCAGGAGUUCAAGCAGGUACAAGAAGGCCAAGCUAGUUGCUUCUCAAUCGCAGCUUGAAGACUCUGAAAGCCAACCACUUGAAUUUGUGCCUGAUAGUCAAGCCAUCUCAUAGUUAGGUCUGUGCGAUGCAACAGGUAUAGAAGGAAGACCUCAAGGAGGUUGAUUUGGAGGAUCAGCCCCGCAUUAGAACCUCCUCAAAUUUUGACAUUUGUGCUUUUUAUUGAGGUUAUUGUCACACCCUAUUCUCUACUUUCUGCUACUUCUCAAUGCUCCGUAAAUUAGCUUAGAAUGCAUUUUGCUGGAAAAGAGGGUAAUCAUCGUCAACAAAGCUCUGUCCAGAAGCUGACUCUUUUGGAGUCAUUUUGUCUGCUUCGGCCGGUGGUUGAAGAAAUUUUCCUCCGGUGCAAUCACCGCCUAUGCACUCCCCAUUUUCCUGAAUUCGGGAUAGAUGACUGAUUAACCGAGUUUGAUAAGUUGGUAGUGUGUGGCGUUAAUACACUGAUGUCAAAGGUCCGAUUGAAGUUCUCUUUUGCCGUUAAUUGCUUCUGAUUAUGUUGUUGGUCUUUA